AUGGAGCUACCCGUUUCUCCUCUCACAAACUAAAAGCUCAAACACAAACAACUACUAAAGAAAUCACAAACAACUACUAAAGAACUUAUCAUGAAGGUCAACAGCAAAUCCUUAAAAUGCACCAUGCUUGCCUUUCUCAGCCUUCUUGGAUUGUUAGCAACACCAGCACUUGGUCAAAGAUGGCAGCAGGAACACCAACAGUUGAAUGCCAGCAGGAACAAAUGGAAGAGUCAGAACAUUCAGAACUAUGAAUACAAGUACCAAAAAUAUGGCCCCAACCCUCAAAAUAUUGUGUAUCCAUGGACUGUCAUUGUCAGGGGUGUCAAUGCCAAUGCAAAUGAUGGCAACAACAACCCAAUCUACUGGGCUACUCCUCCAACCAUGGAUACUUUCUUUGGAAUCAUCCAAGAUGCAAUCAUUAACAAUGCUCAGAGAAUCACUGUAAGCUACAGCCAGCAGGGAUACCCAACCAAUAUCUACAUUCAGAAGAGCAAUGGGGAGGUCUAUGAUGUCACAAUUUCAGGCUUCCAAUCCCAGAGACUCCGAAAGAGGAACCUCCAAAAUCAGAGAUGGCAGCAGGAACACCAACAGUUGAAUGCCAGCAGGAACAAAUGGAAGAGCCAGAACAUUCAGAACUAUGAAUACAAAUAUCAAAAGUUUGGCCCCAACCCUCAAAAUAUUGUCUAUCCUUGGACUGUCAUUGUCAGGGGUGUCAAUGCCAAUGCAAAUGACGGCAACAACAACCCAAUCUACUGGGCUACUCCUCCAACCAUGGAUACUUUCUUUGGAAUCAUCCAAGAUGCAAUCAUUAACAAUGCUCAGAGAAUCACUGUAAGCUACAGCCAGCAGGGAUACCCAACCAGCAUUUACAUCCAGAAGAGCAAUGGGGAGGUCUAUGACGUUGGGGUCUCCGGCUUUGUCUCCCAGUAA